UUUACAACUACAUAACCUAACAAUUGAUAAAUAUUAUAAAUACGGCUAGUAAAAAAAUAUAAUCAAGUGACAUGUAUUUUUAAAUAAAUUAUAAUAAUAUUAACAUAAUUAAAGUACAAUUUCAUCAUGAAUGCAAAAUAUCACUGUGAUUAUUGCAACAUUUCGUUUAAAGAUGAUGGCACCAAACGAAAAACUCAUUUGAAUGGAUUUGCACACAAUCGUGCUAAGAAUGAAUAUUUAUUAUUACACAGAGAUAUAAGAGAUAUAAUACAACAAGAAUCAGCUAAACAACCAUGUGUAAGAUUUUUAAAUGGUAUGCAUUGUAAUUUUGGAGCAUCUUGUAGGUUCACACAUUAUUCACCUCCUGAACUGGACAAUUUAAGAAGAAUCGGUAUGUUGGGUUAUUAUGUUUCAUUUCAUUAA